GCCAGAAGAUGACGUAAGGCAAUAUGGCGUCGGCGGAAUGUCCGCGCAAGAGAAGGUCUCGAGAAGAGGAGGAGGAGGAGGAGGAGGAGGAGAAGGAGGUGGCCAAAGAAGAUGAAGGGUCUGAGGAGGAAGGGGAGAAGGAAGGAGACAAAGACGAAGAGCGUUGGGUGGGCCCCCUACCUGGAGAGGCUGUGCAGGCGAAAAAGAGAAGAGUACUUGAGUUUGAACAUGUCUACCUGGAUAAUCUUCCCAGUGCUUCAAUGUAUGAGCGUAGCUAUAUGCACAGAGAUGUAAUCACUCAUGUAGUAUGUUCUAAAACAGAUUUCAUAAUAACAGCUAGCCAUGAUGGACAUGUCAAAUUCUGGAAGAAGGUAGAAGAAGGAAUUGAAUUUGUUAAACAUUUUCGUAGCCAUUUAGGUGUUAUCGAAGGCAUUGCAACUAGUUCAGAAGGGGCACUGUUGUGCUCUGUCGGGGAUGAUAAAGCAAUGAAAGUUUUUGAUGUGGUGAACUUUGACAUGAUCAACAUGUUGAAACUUGGCUACCAUCCAGGGCAGUGUGAAUGGGUGUACUGCCCAGGAGAUGCUAUUUCUUCAGUUGCAGCCUCUGAGAAGAGUACUGGAAAAAUAUUUAUAUAUGAUGGUCGAGGCAAUAACCAGCCACUUCACAUUUUUGAUAAACUACAUACAUCCCCUCUUACUCAAAUACGACUGAACUCUGUUUUUAAAAUCAUAGUAUCUUCGGACAAGUCUGGAAUGAUUGAAUAUUGGACUGGUCCUUCCCAUGAAUAUAAAUUUCCUAAAAAUGUGAACUGGGAAUAUAAAACAGACACCGAUCUAUAUGAAUUUGCUAAAUGUAAAGCAUAUCUAACCAGUAUGAGUUUCUCCCCUGAUGGCAAAAAAAUGGCUACCAUUGGUUCUGACAGAAAAGUCCGGAUUUUCAGAUUCUUAACAGGAAAACUUAUGCGAGUCUUUGAUGAAUCUUUGAGUAUGUUUACUGAGCUACAGCAGAUGAGACAGCAACUACCUGAUAUGGAAUUUGGACGACGUAUGGCUGUGGAGAGGGAAUUGGAAAAGGUUGAUGCUGUAAGGUUAAUUAACAUAAUUUUUGAUGAAACUGGACAUUUUGUGCUCUAUGGGACAAUGUUGGGAAUUAAAGUUAUCAAUGUGGAAACAAACCGGUGUGUGAGAAUCCUAGGUAAACAGGAGAAUAUCAGAGUUAUGCAACUGGCUCUGUUCCAGGGAGUUGCAAAGAAACAUCGUGCUGCUGUUACCGUCGAGAUGAAAGCAUCUGACAAUCCAGUUCUCCAGAAUAUCCAAGCAGAUCCAACAGUAAUCUGUACUGCCUUUAAAAAGAACAGAUUUUAUGUGUUUACCAAACGUGAACCAGAAGAUACCAAGACUGCAGAUUCUGAUAGAGAUGUAUUCAAUGAGAAGCCAUCUAAAGAAGAAGUCAUGGCAGCCACUCAAGCUGAAGGGCCCAAAAGAGUUUCUGAUAGUGCCAUUAUCCACACAAGCAUGGGAGAUAUUCACGUCAAGCUCUUUCCUGUUGAGUGCCCCAAAACAGUGGAAAACUUCUGUGUACAUAGCAGGAAUGGUUACUAUAACAGCCACACCUUUCACCGGAUCAUUAAGGGUUUUAUGAUUCAGACUGGUGAUCCUACUGGCACUGGCAUGGGAGGUGAAAGCAUCUGGGGAGGAGAAUUUGAAGAUGAGUUCCACGCAACUUUACGACAUGAUAGGCCGUAUACGCUCAGUAUGGCAAAUGCAGGACCAAACACCAAUGGCUCACAGUUCUUUGUAACAGUAGUACCAACGCCAUGGCUGGACAAUAAGCACAGCGUGUUUGGAAGAGUAACUAAAGGAAUGGAAGUUGUUCAGAGAAUUUCAAACGUGAAAGUCAAUCCAAAAACAGAUAAACCCUAUGAAGAUGUAAGCAUUAUUAAUAUCACUGUGAAAUAAUAAUAAUAAUUAGAAAAACACCUCAGGGAUUUCAGUUAUAUGGAAAUCUAAGUAUUUCUACUAUAGAAAAUUCAGAACAGAUUUUAGCCAUGUCUUCAAAAUGCUCUGAAAAAUAUUUUUAACAUGUUUUUAAUAAAAGCAAAAACCAACAUUAGAACCACAGUGUAUUUUGUGUUUCCUGUAUAUUUAAGUCAUGUAUGGAUUUUAAUUGGUUUCCAGGCUUUUUUGAACAACUUGGCUGGCCUAGGAAGCUCUUACCAUUCAAUUUCAAUAUUGUUAUAUUACUCUUACUGGUGGGUUCUACGGAUUUUGCCAAGAUUUAUGUACCAAUGUCUCACCUUGUGAAAUUGUAUUCUUGUGGAUGACUUCACAAAACGUUAAAUUAAAAUUGGAUAUCAGCAUUUCAGAUCUGAUUAAAAAUAUUUUUACAAGUGUUUGGUGUGCCAAGCAGGAUUAUUAUCAGUUAAGUGCAAAUUGAUCUACAGUUGCCCAUACUAUAGUUUUAUGCAGAAAUCUGAUUGAGAUCAGUAUUU